AGCGCCAAUCAAGGCGUCGGAUUGGGAGAUGGCCGAAGGUCCGCGUUUGGCCUGCCGUUACCGCAUUGGGGCCCGCAAUCAACCUUCCCCGCAGCUUCACCGCAUCAACAGCAUCACACCUACACCUACACACCUUCAUGGCCAGCACCAUAACCCACCAUAACCCACUGAGAGUCCUCCAUUACUGCUCAUAAAGCUGCAUAAUCAUUGCGAGAAACCAUCGUCGCCGACCAUUGGGACCUGACGCACACAUCUCCUCCGCCGUCGCCGCACAACCCCGCGCCUGUCCGUCAACCCAUGGCAGACGACAGAAACCCUUCGAACAAGGACGAGGGCAGCGUUACUCCUGCUCUACAGGUCCAUUCCAACUCGGUUCCCACCAUCCCUCGCUCUCCGUCGCUCGGCAACAACUUGUCCUCUCCGAGUCCCCAGUCCCGUCAUACCAGCUAUCCAGAAAACGCCAGAGGCAUCACACCACACUCUCCUCGCUCUUCACGACAGCCCUCUCUUUCGCAACAGGCGCUGCAGGAACUCUUGAACAAUCCUCCGACCAAAGGUCGGAAUCCUGCUUUCGUCGGUCGCGAUUGGAAAACGAUUCGCAUUGGCGAGAUUGUCGACCCUGGUCUUGUCCGGUUCGCUGAAUAUGACACCAACGUCGAGGAGGCCACCGAGCUCCUUGUCAAGUCGGGCGCUCCCAAUGUGGUCCUCCUGCGUGAGGAUCGCAAUAGCCGAGUAGCUACAGGAACGUUCGACUACAGUGACCUGAAUGCGUACCUUCUGCUCGUAGUGGGCCUAGCACAACCUGCCCAAGACGAGGUCGCCUCCUUCGACGAGCUUGCAAAGAAGGGCCGCGAAGGCAAGCCGAUUCCCCUCCGUGACAUCAAAGAGCUUGGGAAGAAGGACCCGAUCAUAACACUGCCGCACACGGCGGAUUUGACAAAAGCCAUAGAAGUGCUUGGGAGCGGUGUGCAUCGCUUGCUGGUUGUUGAGGAAGGCAAGCCCGACGUUAUUGGCAUCUUGACGCAAUUACGGAUGGUGCAGUUCUUCUGGGACAAUAGACAGACUUUCCCUGUGUUGGACCAGCUGUAUCCUCAAUUGAUCAAGGACCUGCACAUUGGCUCGUCUUCGGUAUUGGCCAUCAACGGGGACAAGCCCCUGACGGAUGCACUGGAGCUCAUGCACAAUGAAGGUGUAAGCUCCCUGCCUGUGCUUGACGCGCAGAACAACGUCAUUGGGAACAUCUCUCAGGUUGACGUGCGCCUGCUCACAAAAUCUACCUCUCUGCCCCUUCUACGGUCCUCGUGCAUCCACUUCAUCUCCGUCAUUCUCUCCGAAAGGGGUGUCCACGACGGCAAAGACUCGUUCCCCGUCUUCCACGUCAACCCCUACUGCACACUGGCACACACGGUCGCCAAGCUGGUCGCAACCCGGUCCCACCGUAUGUGGGUAGUAGAGACACCAUCGCCGGCUUCCUCCGGACCUCCCACUCCUGCCGCUACUCCCGUGGUCCUGGUACCCCCGUCUCCCAUUGCCCCGCUCCCUGCGGCCAGCCAACCGGCAGCAUCUGCAGUCGUAGCUCCCGCCAUAUCUGCCUCAGCCCUGCCCGGUGCAGCUCUCAGUGGUCGUCUCAAUGGCGUCAUCAGCUUGACGGACGUUUUGAAUCUCUUCGCAAGGGCAAGUGGCUUGAACCCUCAAGAACCGGAUCAAGCGAGGCUAGCUCGGCGGAGAAGCAGCAGUUCUAGCAUGCGAAGAAGUAUGGAGAGUUCUAGGAGCGAAAGCUUGAGCGGCAGACGGAGGAGCAGCAUCCAUGAGAGGAAUCCCCCGGGACUUGGCAUAGUACGGGGACGGGGAAGCGUAGGAGGAGGACAGUAAAGCGAAAAGCGAGCCGAUGGGCAGAUUGAUAAGGGUGAGCGCUACUUCGAGAAAACUCGAUAACGGCGUUGACGGGCAGGAUCACAUCUGGGAGUCUUACAAGCUUUGGGCGGCGUUCUGUGUAUAUUCCGG